AUGGAGAAUGACAAUAGCAGCUGGAACGAGAUACCGCAACAGGAGCGGCGCCUGAAGGGGAAAACGCCGGUCCAUAUCCAACAGCACUUGCAGAGCACACAGAAGCAGGAGCGGCUGCUGAGCGAGCAACUGCAGCGGCAACACCAGCAGCAACUCACCUCGAGCGAAUGGAAACUCUUGACGUUCCCGUUCCCCUUCAACUACUUCCGGCUCCGCAGCGACAGACGAGCGAGUGAACUCCGCCACCACAAUCCAGCGCUGGAGGUGACGAAAGCCGAAGCCGCCACAGCUGUGGCAGCAGUAGCAUGGGGUUAG